CAAGAGGUUUUCUUGCUAAUUCGCAUUCCUGCCUUCCCUACCCCCACUAUUUAAAAACCAAAUGUAAUUUCCUUUCUCUUUCUGAGAAAGUUAUAAGUAAACAAAUUUCCCCGGAAUAUGGGACUCCAGGCCAUGCUGACCUCGAUGGUAAUUCGAGCUCCACCACUCACCAGUCCUGUGUGCAGCCUGUUUCAUGUCCUCUGUGAAAUGGGAAUAAUCAUGACUGACUUGUAGAAUUACUAUGAGGAUUAACUGAGAUACUAUCCAUGAGCUCCCCAGCCCUGUGUAUCUCGGGACAGGUGCUCACGUUGUUAGUUCCUUUCUGAUUCCCCUUAGUCUCCCUUCUUGGUUCCCCCCUACCCCACAACCACCUAAUCCCUAAAUAAUGCAUACAUAAUUGUCUCAGAACAUCAGCACGAAUGCCCAGAAGCAUCUGUUCCUGAAUGAACUCAGCACUGAGUCUGGCAUUGCACCCCAGCCUUUCCCUUUGUUUAAUCCCUUUAGGCAUCCCCCCCCCCCAAAAAAAAACACUUGAGUAUGCCAGGACACCAGGUGAACUGUGAAACCCGCCAUCACGUGAGCUGAGCAUUUUCUUUCAGGGUUUCAGCGGGUCUGGUUUUGCCUCAAAGACCAGAUGGAGCUCAUGUGGCUCACAAUUAACUGACUCUGCACAUGUGGUCGCUGCCAUCAAGAUCCAUCACAAGGAGGACAGCAGUUCAAGAAAAUCUUGAACUCUAUUUAUAGACCACUUGAAACAAACAGUGUCCUGUGAAGCCCAAGGAAUCUUCCUUAAGCACACGAAAGUAAUUCACCAGUCCCAGUACUAACAGGCAAUUGAAGGGAGGAAAAUGCAGUAAGUCCAUGUUUUUCCAGCACUCUGCAGUUUACAAAGCAUUUGUUCCUACUCAUUUUCCCAUUUCACCCUGUCACCAUUCCAGGAGGUAGACAACCGGUAGUAACAGAUGCCCAUUUUAUAGAUUACAAAACUGAUGUCUACGAGGUUCAAUGAGUUGCUUGCUUAUGGCUGGCUGGAGAACCGUGGUGGUUGGAGAUGGAGGCUAGAGAAAAGUGGUAAAGGAGAGUUAUUUUCUGUUAGUGCAAUCAACCUAAACUUCAGUAAAUAUCCAUUUACCUGUUAGAAAAAAUACACAGGCAAGAUAAAUAAUGUUUCAAAAUGUACUUGCAAGCUUAAAAUUUUUCCUUCUCCACUUCUGAUAGGAAAACCAAAAUAUGAGAAAUAAACACCUGGAGAGACUCUCCAGGAAACAUUUAUAAACAUGUUUGUAUCUGUCUAUAGCAUAUACAUACAGAAUAAUUAUAUUUUAGGCAAGAAAUGCGUUCUUGAAAUCUCUCCAAAUUAAAAUGUACAUGUGUCAAGACUAAUCUUGAAAAAGAUGGUAGGAAUUUUUAUGAGAAAUUUUAAUUGAUUCUGCCAGUCAGCUCUGAAUGUAUAUGUCUUUACCAUCUUUUUUACUAUGGGGGUGUUUGCAUAAUUCCAGUAUGUGCACAAGGAGCAAGACUUCACUCAAAUAGUUUAUGGACCAGAAAUGCUUUUGCUCUCUACAGAAUUAUUUUACCUUGAUUUUGGCAAAUACUUUAAUUUUCUAAGACUCUUCUUUAAGCCUUGUUACCUGGAAAGGAUAUGCAAAAUCUUUCUGGCCUGAGAAGUAUGUCUGGGCAAUUUAGAAUAGCUGCACUAAAAUCUGUGUGCGUGUGUGUGUGUGUGUGUGUGUGUGUGUUUGUGCGUGUGUGUGAGAGAGAGAGUGUGAGAGAGAUUAUGGUUUAAAGAGCACUGCUGGGUUAGCAGAUUGGCUCAGUGCCAUUGGGGGAUUUUCAGAUUUACCGCUUCUCUAUGUUGCAGCUCUGAUUUAUGGACUUCAGAAUCUCUUGAAAGGCAAAGUGUCUGGAAUUUAGGGUCUUUCCUUGAUGGUCCCCCCAACUCCCAUAUACUCCUUUUGCCCGUGUUCACCUUGUGGCGACCUUGCAGGACUCAGCGUUUUUACCUGAGCUCAGUAGCUGGGGAGCCCACUAGUGCUGGGGAGAUGGCAGUGGUUUCCAUUCCUGGGUAAUGGAGUCAUGGGAGAAACUGCAGUGAACCAACCGAGAGUAGGACCGGAGCGGGGCUCCAGUGUGCUUUAAGCGGCUCAGGACAGAGCAGCUGCUCUGUCUCCCAGUCUGCAAGCGCUGCCUGCAUUUGUCACUGACCACUGAAGUGUGUGUGUUUGUGCAAGGAGGCGAUCGAGAUCGGAUGACAGCAAACCAUGAGAGCUACCUCCUUAUGGCGAGCACCCAGAAUGAUAUGGAAGACUGGGUUAAAUCCAUCCGCCGAGUCAUAUGGGGACCUUUCGGAGGAGGCAUUUUUGGACAGAAACUGGAAGACACUGUCCGUUACGAGAAGAGAUAUGGAAACCGUCUGGCUCCUAUGUUGGUGGAGCAGUGCGUGGAUUUUAUCCGACAAAGGGGGCUGAAAGAAGAGGGUCUCUUCCGGCUGCCAGGCCAGGCUAACCUCGUUAAGGAGCUCCAGGAUGCCUUUGACUGUGGAGAGAAGCCAUCAUUUGACAGCAACACGGAUGUACAUACAGUGGCGUCACUUCUUAAACUCUAUCUCCGAGAACUUCCAGAACCAGUAAUUCCCUAUGCAAAGUAUGAAGACUUUUUGUCCUGUGCCAAACUGCUCAGCAAGGAAGAAGAAGCUGGUGUUAAGGAAUUAGCAAAGCAGGUGAAGAGUUUGCCAGUGGUCAAUUACAACCUCCUGAAGUAUAUUUGCAGGUUCUUGGAUGAAGUACAGUCCUAUUCUGGAGUCAACAAAAUGAGUGUGCAGAACUUGGCCACUGUCUUUGGCCCUAAUAUCCUGCGCCCCAAAGUAGAGGAUCCUUUGACCAUCAUGGAGGGCACUGUGGUGGUCCAGCAGUUGAUGUCAGUGAUGAUUGGCAAGCAUGAUCGCCUCUUCCCCAAAGACGCAGAACUGCAAAGCAAACCCCAAGAAGGAGUGAGCAACAACAACAAUGAAAUUCCGAAGAAAGCCACCAUGGGUCAGCUACAGAACAAGGAGAACAACAACACCAAGGACAGUCCUGGUAGGCAGUGCUCUUGGGACAAGCCUGAGUCUCCCCAGAGAAGCGGUGUGGAUAAUGGGUCCCCCACAGCGCUACCAGGUAGUAAAACCAACAGCCCAAGGAACAGCGUUCACAAGCUGGAUGUCUCCAGGAGCCCCCCUCUCAUGGUCAAAAAGAAUCCUGCCUUCAAUAAGGGCAGUGGGAUAGUCACCAAUGGGUCCUUCAGCAGCAGUAAUGCAGAAGGUCUGGAGAAAACCCAAACCACUCCCAAUGGGAGCUUACAGGCCAGAAGGACCUCUUCCCUGAAGGGGUCUGGUACCAAAAUGGGCACCCACAGUGUACAGAAUGGAACGGUGCGAAUGGGCAUUUUGAACCCCGACACACUUGGGAACCCCAUGAACGGUCGCAGCAUGAGCUGGCUGCCCAAUGGCUAUGUGACCCUGAGGGAUAACAAGCAGAAAGAGCAAGCGGGAGAGUCAGGCCAGCACAACAGGCUCUCCACCUAUGAUAACGUCCAUCAACAGUUCUCCAUGAUGAACCUUGAUGACAAGCAGAGUAUCGACAGCGCCACCUGGUCCACGUCCUCCUGUGAAAUCUCCCUCCCCGAGAAUUCCAACUCCUGUCGCUCCUCCACCACCACCUGCCCAGAGCAAGACUUUUACGGGGCUAAUUUUGAGGACCCUGUUUUGGACGGGCCCCCGCAGGACGACCUCUCCCACCCUGGGGACUAUGAAAACAAGAGUGACCGGAGGAGUGUGGGAGGUCGAAGUAGUCGUGCCACCAGCAGCAGCGACAAUAGUGAGACGUUCGUGGGCAACACCACCAGCAGCCACAGCGCGCUGCACAGUUUAGUGUCCAGCCUGAAGCAGGAGAUGACCAAACAGAAGAUAGAGUAUGAGUCCAGGAUAAAGAGCUUAGAACAGCGAAACUUGACUUUGGAAACAGAAAUGAUGAGCCUCCACGAUGAACUGGAUCAAGAAAGGAAGAAGUUCACGAUGAUUGAAAUCAAAAUGCGAAACGCCGAGCGAGCAAAAGAAGAUGCUGAGAAAAGAAACGACAUGCUGCAGAAAGAAAUGGAGCAGUUUUUCUCCACCUUUGGGGAGCUGACAGUGGAACCCAGGAGAACCGAGAGAGGAAACACAAUAUGGAUCCAGUGAGCCCGCUUCCUCCCGCUGUGUCCGAUGCACCUGGGAAGCCUCCGGGGUUCUGGUGGGAACAUUCUGUGGGAUCAGGUGGCUGGUCACCUGCUGUACAGUGCUCUAACUGGUGAAGGAGUAUCAUUUACAGACAUUAUCCAUCCAUAUCUGCAAUGUGUACCAAAGUUAUAUCAUGCCCCAUGAUGCUACUGUCAAGUGUUACAACUGGAUAUGUGUAUAGAGAGUAGUUUUUAAAAAGUAAACUAAAAAUGAGCAGAUCUCAAGAAUUAUUUUAUUGCAAGUCUUGUAUUUAAAAUGUUAAAUCAAUAUGUUGUUGCAAUUUAGCUUGCUCUCAAGCUUCACCCCUUGCACUUAACAUAAGCUAUUUUUGGCAUUGUGUUAUCAUCAGCUUCUUUUAUAGAUCAAUAUUUUUAUUUCCCCUUUUGCUGAGGAAAUGAAGAUAAGCAGAUAUAUAAAUAUAUAUAAAUAUAUAUCAGAUGAGUUAUUAAAAGCAAAAGAAUACUUUGUGGCUGUGCUGUUUGUGCCAAUAGACCUCGCCAUGACCAAAAAGAGAAAUGUAAAUAGUUUUAUAAAAUACAGUAGAAUCACCAGGAACCUUUGAUUUGCUCUUUAAAUUCUUCCCUCGACAUUGCUCAGUUUUCUUUGUGAGGUAUCUUGACAAGAGAAUUUUGGAAGGCCUGUUGUCUGCCUGGUCAGUCCCACAGAUGCAGGUCUCCUGUGCAGAAUGCAAUUUAGUGGGGGGAAAUGGUAAAAACACUUAGUGAGUCCUGCCAUGAAUGACUUGACCUUCUGGACUGAGUCUCUGUAACUGCUAGGUGGUUUCGAGAACAGUUCUUCCCGCUAUUUGGAGGUUGAGAAACAACACUUGCUAUACUAUGCCACAGGAACACCUCCUGUCUGCUCAGACCUCUCCUCCAUCCGCCAGCAGACACAUGGCAGCGCAGGCAGGGAGAUGGUGUGGCCGUGACCCUCUCAGUUAAACUGCUAGAGUGUGUGUCUUAGAGUGACAUUUUUCUCUCACUCAGGCCUACUGUUGUGUUGUCCCUGGGACUCUGUCUGCAGGACUGCUGGCAAAGGCAGGUGAUGGAGUGGAUAGCCCAGAAGGAGAAGGAGACAAGUUUGGGAGAGACAAACUAUUUUGCUUCUAAUUUUUGCAAUAUUGUUCUUCCCAGUUGAAAACAUAUUUGUUCACAAAAAUACUAAGAUGUGAAUGGUUCAGGGUUCAGUUUUGACAAGUUGAUGCACAUGGGUCAUGGUGACCGUGGAGAGGAGCCCAGGGCUCUCUGGAGCUGGAGCUCAGAGAGAACAACUCUCCACACUCCAACAAGGCAAUGAUUUUGAGAAGCCAGGCAAGUAAAUAUUUCUCACACUAGAAUAAAAAUUCACAAAAGGCAUCAUCGGAAAUAAAGACUGCUUGAGUUUAUAGGAUCGUGUUGUUAGAAGGUUCUAUGUCCGUGUGUUUAUUUAUUUGCAAAGGGGAGAAUAGUCUUUAGAGCAUCCAACCUUGUCACCUUUCACUUUCGUGCAUAUCCUUCCCCCAAGCAAACUUUGUGGUCCUGGGUUUUAACCACUAUCUAUAAUACUGAUGCCUUCUUUAUUUUUAGAUUCCUUUUCUCUCUCUUCCUGACUCUUUAACCAGAUACUUCCACCUGGAUAUCACACAGAAAAGUUAAACUCAGAAUGUACGAUGUUGAUCUCAGUGGGUCUCUCUCUAUAUAUUUCUGUCUCUUCCCAGUCCCUGUCCUAGUGAUUGAAAACCUUGGACUCAUCCAGGGAGCUGAAGGAUGCAAUAGUAAAAAUCAAAGGCCACUCACUCACCCUUCCUGCAUUCAGAUUUUCCACAAUCCACUAGCUGUGACUGAGACUUCUAGGUGUCACUUUUUUUUGCUGUAGACUGGGGAUAACAAAGAUACUCCUCUCAUGGACUUGUUAUGUGGUUUCAAUAAGGUAGAUGGUGUGAAAGCUGAGCACAGCACCUAGUGGACAGAAAGGAUGCCCCAAAUGUUCAUUCUCAUUUUUCUCUCCACUCUUCUUCACUCUUGAAUUCACUCACCAAGUACCAUCCAGCCCACUCACCCUUGCCUUUUGAGUCUACUCUCUUUGAUCAGUUCCUCCUCAACUUUGAUGAAAGCAUCUCUCCUUUUGCAGGAUGCCCCUUCUAGGCCACCCAUCUGACCAUGUCAUGGCCUUGCUAUCUACUAACACGUGAAGACUCUCACUUGCCCAAAGGAUACGCCCUUCAUGCCGUGUAGAAGGCUGGGACCUGCAGUUUUAUUUGCAUCUCCUACCACUUCCCCUACCCCUGCCAAGCCAUUUCGUGCCUCUGGAACUUUCCACCUUCUACUGUCAUGUCCAUCUUCACUACCUUCCUUCUACCUGGCACAGUCCUACCAUUUUUUUUUAAAGAGCCAAAUCAAAUGUCAUUCCUCUCUAAAGCUUCUAGGAUCUCAACUCAGAAUUAAUUACCUUGUGCUCCCAAUUUGUGUAUAUCUCUCUUAGUCUUUUCCACAUCUGAUUAUUUUCUUCACCAAAUAAGAAACAUUUUAGGAAG